AUGUCUGCUGAAAUUGAUACACCUGUCGUUGUGGCUUCGGUGGAGCCGCUGAAACAGUUGCCGCUGGAACAGCCGCCACUGGCAGUGGGGUCGCAACCGCUCAGAAAAACCGCAACAGCUCUAUCAAAGGCCCUCACGUCACCAAAGACGGUCAAUAAUACCCCGUCCAAGGACAGCCCCGUCUCCGCGUGGUUAGUGUUCUACUUCUACCAUAGCCUCUUGAUCACCAUCUUUGUGUUCAUGUCGCUCAUCAGAAACGUCCAGUACGGCUACAACCGCGUGGUGUUGCGCUUCUUCGCAUACACAUACGCACCGUCCAAGUCGCCGCAGUUGAUUCGUGAUGACGUUUUGCUGUUGUCGAAGCUUCCUAAACGGGUCUCCACGAUCUUGACCCUCAAGCCGGAGGACGAGGAGAACGGUGGCAUCGACGGCUUGAUGAGUGACUGCGGCAAACUUGCUGCCUGGUCGCUUGCCUCGGGCAUCCCCCACUUAUCGUUCUACGAAACCUCGGGCGCCAUCAAGGAACACACGCCGGAGCUUACCCGCGCCAUCACCAAGACGUUGUCGUUGUACUUUGGCCCGGAUAACAUUCCCACCUUCUCCAUCAGGAUCCCGCGCACGCGCACGGUGAUUUACAGCACGGGCGAGAAACCAGAGAAGAUCAGCUUGCGUAUUCUGUUGUUGUCCCGUGAGGAUGGGAAGCCUACGAUUGUGGCUUUGACCAAGUCCAUGGCCAGGCUUGCUGCUGAGGGAGAGUUGGACCCGAAGGACGUCACUAUCAGCUUGGUGGAUGGUGAAUUGACCGCGUUAGUGGGCCAUGAGCCAGACUUGCUUAUUCAGUUUGGUCCCAUCUUGGACUUGCAGUCGUACCCACCGUGGCACAUCCGUCUUAGCGAGAUUUACUGGGACCCAGAUAACAACAGCGUCAACUACGCGGUGUUCUACCGCGCCUUGCGCAAGUACUCCUUGUCCAAGAUCAACGUUGGGAAGUAG